AUGUGCCGUGGCGGCUCCGUCUUUGUCCUUGAAGUGCACGGAAUGGAGGCCCGCACCUGCGCUGAAAGGGGCUGUCAGUGCCAAUGUUUUCAUUUUUACGCUGCUCUGUCCUCCGCAGUGCUCAGUAUCCGUGGUGCCCAGGAGGAGGAGCCUCCGGAUCCCCAACUGAUGCGACUGGACAACAUGCUGCUGGCGGAGGGCGUGGCCGGACCGGAGAAAGGUGGUGGAUCAGCAGCGGCGGCGGCCGCUGCAGCAGCCACAGGUGGAGUUGGUGCUGACAACUCAGCAGAACACUCUGAUUACCGUGCAAAGCUGUCUCAGAUCCGACAAAUCUACCAUACAGAGCUGGAGAAGUAUGAACAGGCGUGCAAUGAGUUCACCACCCAUGUGAUGAACCUGCUGAGGGAGCAGUCUCGAACACGACCCAUCUCGCCCAAAGAGAUCGAGCGCAUGGUCAGCAUAAUCCACCGUAAGUUCAGCUCCAUCCAGAUGCAGCUGAAGCAGAGCACCUGUGAGGCCGUCAUGAUCCUGCGCUCACGCUUUCUUGAUGCCAGACGAAAGAGGAGGAACUUCAACAAGCAAGCUACAGAGAUCCUAAACGAGUACUUUUACUCGCACCUCAGUAACCCGUAUCCUAGUGAGGAGGCCAAAGAAGAGCUGGCCAAGAAAUGUGGCAUCACUGUUUCACAGGUAUCAAACUGGUUCGGAAACAAGAGAAUCCGAUACAAGAAAAACAUUGGCAAGUUCCAAGAGGAGGCCAACAUGUAUGCAGCUAGGACUGCAGUCAAUGCAACCAGUGUGUCGGCUCACGGCAGCCAGGCCAACUCCCCAUCAACUCCCAAUUCAGCAGGUUCUGCUGGCUCUUUUAACAUGUCAAACUCCGGAGACUUGUUCAUGAGUGUGCAGUCCCUCAAUGGGGACUCGUACCAAGGGGGGCAGGUUGGGGCCAACAUACAAUCCCAGGUGGAUACCCUUCGCCAUGUUAUCAGCCAGACCGGAGGAUACAGUGACAGCCUCGCAGCCAGCCAGAUGUACAGUCCACAGGGCAUCAACACAAACGGUGGCUGGCAAGAUGCUCCGACUCCUUCGUCAGUGACAUCGCCCACAGAAGGACCCGGGAGCGUCCAUUCAGAUACUUCCAACUGA